CCACCGACGCACGCCACUGUUUUACGAGCUCGCGAAGCAGAGGUGCCCACGGACAGACCGCGUGCGGCCGUAGUCACCGCGCAGUGUCGUCGCCGCCACCGUCAUGACAGCAGUAUCGUCUACGUACUUUUGGUCAAUGCUCGUUUUCACGAUGGUCCACAACACCAAAGAAAUACUAUUCAGUGAUACGCCUAAAUUCAGCGAUCGCAUGGACAACUUAACAGUAACAGUCGGUCGAGAUGCAAUCCUCGAGUGCGUCGUAGAAUCAUUGUCAACAUACAAGGUCGCCUGGCUGAGAGUGGACACACAGACGAUUCUGUCCAUACAGACGCUCGUGGUGACGAAAAACGACCGGAUGGAGGUGACGCACACGGACCACAGGGUGUGGAGGCUGCACAUCAGAAACGUACGGCAGAGCGACCGUGGGUUUUACAUGUGCCAGAUAAACACGGACCCCAUGAAGAAUCAAAUCGCGUAUCUCGACGUAGUCGUGCCUCCAGAUAUUUUAGACUACCCAACCAGUUCAGACAUGGUAGUGCAUGAAGGUAGUAACGUGACGUUACAAUGUGCCGCUACAGGAUACCCAAGUCCAACUAUAACGUGGCGAAGAGAAGACAACCAUAACAUCGUUAUUUCUAAUACGUUAACUGUUGCAGUAGUGGAUAGCUCCACGCUUACCUUUCACCGUGUGACAAGACAACACAUGGGUUCAUAUCUUUGCAUUGCUUCAAAUGGCGUGCCACCGACAGUCAGCAAGCGCAUUACUCUGAUCGUCCACUUCGCUCCCAUGGUUUGGAUUCAAAAUCAACUGGUCGGUGCUUUUGUGGGAGAUCGAUUGUCAAUAGAAUGUCACGUCGAAGCAUUCCCGAAGUCCAUAAAUUAUUGGUCGUCAGAAAACGGAAACUUACUGACUCAAGGAGAUAAUUACGAUACAACGUUAAAAGAAGUCAAUUAUAAAACAGAAAUGAGAUUAACCAUUAACCAAGUAAAAGAAGAACAUUUCGGCACGUACCAUUGUGUUUCAAAAAACUCUUUAGGCGCAACGGACGGGACUAUCAAAGUUUAUAAAUUACCUGGGAAAAACUGGAACAAUAAUUAUCAGACGUCCGUGACGGCUUCAAAUAACGGCCUGCAGCAUAUUACAGGGUCUACGUCUAAUAGAGAAGGCAAAAAUAACUGUGUGCCGAUCAAUCCAAAGCCAGCGGUAAUUUUUUAUUGCAUUGUCUUAUGCGGAAUACUGUUAUCCAAAUCAUCAUGAGCGUUUAUCAAAACGAUACGUUAUUUUUCAUGAAAAACAGGGUACCAUAAGUAUGUAAAGUUUGUAUAUUGUUUAUGGUAUAAUGUAAUUAGCUGUCAAUAUCGUGUUAACUAUACGCAUAAUUUUAUAUAAGGUAUAUAAUAUAACAAUAAUGGUGUUGUAAAGAUAAGGAAUUGUCUACAGAGAAUAUCUUAAAUUUUAUUUGACAAUAUUAGCGGAUUACAAUAUAAUAUUAUAAGACAUGUUUAAACAAUAAAACAAAAUCCGUCGUGUACCCAUGUAAAUAAACCGUCAAAUAAGUAGGUAUUGAAAUUAUACGAACAAUAUCGCAAUAAGACUAACGUGAUUUGUGUUGAUUUAAAAUUGUUUUGUUUAAAUACUGUUGUUUGCAAACAAAAUGUAUCUGUACUUCCAGCCUCGGUAGGUAUAAGAUGUUCAAAAUUAUUUUUGGAUAGGUGCCUGCGCUGUAGUCUUUAAUUCUGUAUUUCACAAAUCACAAGUUCUAUUAUUAUGUAUUUAUAUACCUAUAGUAAGUAGGUACCUAUCAACCUAGAUUGUUAUCAUUAUCAUAGUAUGAUGUCAUUAAGUAAAAUGUUCAACGUGCUGAAACGUUUCAACGAGCUCCUGAUAAAACUAUACGUAUUUAUUUAAUAAUAUUAAUAUUGAUAUUAUGUUUUUUAUGUGUAUAAAAAUAAGUCUUGAAUCCUUUUCUUUCUCUAGUUUUAUUGUUAUAUUAAAUCAUUAAUGUUAUUAAU